GGGGAUUGGAGAAUAUAGUAUUGAUCCUGCCUGUAAAUGGUGUUUUGUUUACCAGUCAAUGCAUGGUGGAGAUAAAGCCCAUCCCCUGCCCAUUCAGAAAGGGGAGAACAUUUCCUGCUCUAAAUGUGGUCGCCAGAAUCUCUGGGGGAUGUCCUUCUGCGGCUGGUGUGGAGCCAUGCUUGGCACUACUGCUGGCUACUCUGUUUGCCCUAAAUGUGGGGCCAGCAAUCACCCAUCUGCCCGAUUCUGUGGCUCCUGUGGUAUUUACGUGAAGUCCUUGGCAAGACUUAGCUUGGACAGCACCCUGGCUGCUGUUGCUGGGAAUCCUCGCCCUUUUUCUGAGUGCCGAUCUGCCUGGCAGUCCUUAAGUGCUUCUUUGCCCAAAUCUGAUGCUGAGACUAAGAAGCACAUAGGCACACAGACUGCUGGCCUGUUCUUCCCAUCCGGCAAGCUGCUAGCAAAAAAGAAACUGGAAAUGGCUUCUCAAGAGCAGAGGCAGGAGAAAAUGAGUGACCACAAACCUCUCCUCACAGCCAUCAGCCCAGGAAGAGGAUAUUGGAGAAAACAGUUGGAUCACAUCUCUGCUCACCUCAGGUCUUAUGCUCAGAACAACCCUGAAUUCCGGGCCUUGAUUGCAGAGCCCAGGAUGGGAAAGCUUAUCUCGGCUUCUGUCCACGAAGAUGGCUGUGAAGUUAGCAUCACACUGAAUUAUAUUCAAGUCUCAAACAAGAACCUUUACCUCAACAAGGCGGUGGAUUUCAGCAAGCACUUUCUGAGCUGCGUCACCGAGGGUGGGAAUGCCCUGUUCAGCAGCAGGUCCAGCUUGGUGAGCGACUGCAGCCAGAGUACCUCAGAUACCAAUGAAAAAGCCAAGAGGAUCAGGAAUUUCAAAACCAAAAAAUUUCGGGAAAAGGAGCAGCUUACACCUGAAGACAGACUCCUGCUGAAGGAAGUCGGUCCGAUGGGGGCAGGAAGAGUCUCUGUGAUUGAACAGCUGCUGGAUGAAGGAGCAGACCCCAACUGCAGUGACAGCGAAGGCCGCCCCGUUCUCACCGUGACUGUGGUGAAUAAGCACCACGAGGCGAUUCCAGUUCUUGUGCAGAGAGGAGCAGAUGUGGACCGGCAGCACGGAGCGCUCAGAAAUACAGCUCUUCAUGAAGCAAGUCUGCUUGGACUGCCAGGAAGGGAGAGCAUCGCCACUUUACUGGGAUGCAAUGCAAGCAUACAAAAGAAGAAUACAAGAGGCCACACAGCGUAUGACCUGGCUCUGAAAAGUGGGGAUGAUCUCAUCUGCUCGCUCUUUGCUGCUAAGUUUGGGCCAGGGCUCAAGGACCAACUCACCCAACCCAGGAACCUCAGCCUGGAGAAUUGCUAGACCCAGGGCCUCCACGGGGCUUCAUUUAAAGAAACCAUAGAGCUCUGGCUGUUUGUUCAUUUCUUUCUGAAAUGUAUAUGUGAGGUUAGGAAUUGAGAUUGAGAGGAACUCAUAAGAUUCUUUUCUUUUUCUUAAGUGAUAUGACAGUAUAAGCCACCAAUACCACAUAGGCAGCUCUCAGUAUACCAUUGAUUGUGAUGAACUUAACGUGUGUUUGUUAAUGGUUUAUUGCUGCUUUGGGGGAAGUAGUUUGGCUUUUGGUUUUAUUUUUCAGUAGAUAAUAAUUGUGCAUGAUUGAAAGCUAGAAGGCAUAAAAUAUUACUCAGUGAAAGUGUCCCUCCCUCCCUGUCUCACAGCCACCACUUCCCUUCUCUGAGGCACCAGUGACACCAAUGUUAACUGUGUCUUUCCAGAAGUAGCACAGGAUUAGGUAAGCACAUAAAUAGGGUGUAUGUCCAUGUACAUACAGGGUAUACAUAAAAUACAAAUAUAUAGAACAUAUAUAUAUAUAUAUAUAUAUAUAUAUAUAUAUAUGCUUUCCCCUCUUUUAACACAAAUACUAGCAAAGCACGCACUGUUCUGCAUCCUGUUAUCUUUGCUUAAUACAUCUUGUAGGUGGCUCCAAAUUAGUAUGUAAAGAUUGAGCUUAUUUAAGUUUUUUAAUGUUGAACUGAUCAAUAUUCCUAAUAUUAUGGUUUGUUUCUUGGUUGACUAAUCAGCUUUGAAUAAACCAUUUUCAGGAAUGUGUAA